ACAUCAUCACUAUCUGUGGUUGAAAACACACUCAUUGUAGUAGGCUUUUUGAUUGUUUCGCAAACAUUUCAAAGCCUUUUUUUGCUAAUAGUAGUAUAAACAACAAAAAGAACAAUAACAUCACAACGGAGGAAUUUUUGAUAGUACAUAUAUAAAUAUUUAAUAUUUAAUUAUUAUUAUUUAAUAAUCGAGAGAGAAUAUAUUCAAAAUGGUUAGAAGUGAUUUGAAAGUAAAGUGGAAAUUGAGAAAUUCCGGACAAGUAACAAUAAGAGCAGGACAUUGUGCUGCCAAUAUUCCUGGAACUCCACUUAUGUAUGUCUUUGGAGGAAGUAAUAAUCACUUAGGUGAUCACAUACCUUCAAAGGAAUUUGAUGUCUACAAUUGCAAUACAAACUCUUGGAGAAGAGCAGGUAUUCAUUCCGAUGUACCUGAAGAGGAUGCUAAAAUUCCAAGACCAAAACCAGUAGUUGGAUCUUCACUUGUUGGUGUUGAGAGAGGACAAAUGAUUGGAGAAUUAAGUUAUGCCACUAGUACUAUUGCAGAAAAUCAAGAACCACACUCUGCUCUUAUAUUGUAUGCUGGUUGGAGUAGUGAUUCAUUGAUAAAUGAUCUUUGGAAAUUUAAUUGCAAAACAGAAAAGUGGAUUAAUCUUACAGAUAAGCAAAAAGGAUCUAUUCCAUCACUUCGUUCAAAUCAUAGUGCUGUUGUUAUUGAUAAUCAAAUGCUUGUUUUUGGAGGAAUAGGAGAAGAAUUAGAAGAUUUAAAGCAAGAUAUGUACAUUUUGGAUUUACAGACAUUGCAUUGGAGGAAAGUUGCUCUUGAAGAAAGUGACGAAAGACCACCAGCAAGUAGAUCACAUGCUUGUUGUGUACAUAGAAAGAGUAUGAUUUUAUUUGGUGGAGGUACUGAUAAGGUGUGCUUUAAUCACUUGUAUAGAUUUGAUCUCGAAGUGGAAAGAUGGACUAAAAUCAAACCAAAUAAGAGUGAAGAAUUGAAAGAAGCUGAACGUGAUCCAACAAAACCAAUUCCUUCCAACUUGGUGUUAAUAGAACCUGAGCCAAGAAUGUUCCCUAAUGCAGUUAUAUAUGACACUGAUAGAAUGUUUUUAUUUGGAGGUAGAAAUGGUAAACAAAAGAUUAAUGAAGUGUGGCAAUUUGACUUUUUGAAUAAUCAAUGGAAUUUAAUGCAGGUUGGUGACUAUUCUGAGGAUGAUAAUAGCACUCUUGUACUAAAUGAUGAUGAUAUGGCUGGUGUUGAAGAAACUAAUGAACCAUCCUUCCCUCCAGUUCAAGCACAACAUGCUAUGCAAAAUGAUGACAUGACAGAUGCUUCUCCAUUACCAUCCCCUCUUACUCCAUUCUUAAAGAAACAUCCAAUCAAGCCAACUCCUAGAACAGGUGGAAAUAUGACAGUUGUUACAACUGGUAAAACAAUUGGACCAAAGUUUGACAAGAUUCUUGUCUUUGGAGGUAAUGAUACCAAAGGAAAAUUGAACGAAGUUUGGGAAUUAAUUGUCAAUCAAAGAACAUAUACUAAGAAUCUCGAAAAGUUGGUUAAUUCAUCACUUUUUUCAGAUAUCGACGUAAAGUUAUUGUAA